GCCCGCUCUUCCACAGCUGUGGCAUCGUUGUUGGCAGCUAUUGGCGGCUCCGUGGACAGCCAAAGCAAAGCCAAGCCUUCGUCUUUCGUAGCUUUGGUUUGUCCAUUCAUUCAACGCAUUUCUUCCUCAUUGUUUCCGGUACCACCUACUGUAUCGUAGUAAUAAGUGUGUAGCACAAUUUGAAUAAUCACACCAACACGACAACCAUCAUGUCGAUACUCGAGCAAUUGGUACAGGUAUUGGGCGAUUCAGAGGGAGACGGCAAUCCAUUGUUGUGGCGUCCCCAUAUCCCCAAUAGUAUUGAUUCAAAACCAUUGGCUACUUCUCCCUCGGAGUUGUUUUGGGACUUUCCUUAUGAUCGUCUGCCAGAAAAUCAGGUUAUCGCCUUCUUUAUGAGGCCGGAAACCAUGUUUGGAUUGGCCCUCUUCUACCUCGUCUCCAAGGAACCUCUGCGAUGGUUCAGAGACGCCAUCUGCUUCAACCCCAAGAGCGAGACAUUCACAAACUUUGUGGCGCUACACAACCUGGCUCUUGCGGUUUUCUCGGCUGUUACUGUGUGGAAUUCAUGGGGUGUGGUCUUUGCUCAUUUGCUAGCACAGGGAUGGAUCCCGACCUACUGUGAUCUGGAAUGGACCAGUUGGAAUAGUGGAAUCGGUGCCUGGACUACCAUCUUUUACAUCAGCAAGUACUACGAAUUCUUUGACACAUGGAUCCUCGUUCUCAAGGGAAAGAAGCCGUCAUUUUUGCAGGUAUACCACCACACAGGUAUUGUCUUCUGCAUGUGGGGAGGCACAGUGAGCCAAUCCGCCUGGUUGCUUUUCAUUGUUCUUCUGAACAGUAUCAUCCACACUUUCAUGUACACAUACUUCUUCAUCAAGACUCUCUACCCCAAUAUUGAGAUCAAAUCAGCAAAGCAUCUAACCAUGGCACAAAUUGGGCAGCUAGCCAUUGGAAUCUCAUUCUCCUUUGGCUAUGUGGCUCUGGGGGAUUCCUGUUCCACUCCUGCGUCUCGGUUGACGAUUCUCUUCAUGCAAAUCUACGGAUUCAGCUUGGUGGCGCUCUUUGUCGCGUUUGCUAACAGGAAAUACAAGAAGAAGACGGCCUAAGCGACUACAAGAAACGUUUUGGUAAUGGAACGGUGUUGCAAAAGUGUUACGGUUACUUGCUGGAUGGUUAAUGGAUGUGAUAAUUGUUUUCCCUGCACAAAGUGAAUCAGCAAGGCACUAAUAGUACUACAAACAGACUGUGGGACCUGUCGAACUCUGCUAGAAGGUUAUGUAUGUUAAGGACAAACUUUAGCUCUUAUCCUGGAAUAUAGAACCUGACUUUAUGG